CCCCCGCGCGCCACCCCUGGUUUCCCUCCCCGGGCCGCAAGAGAAACAGUGCCCUGUCCCUUCUUGACCCCUGGCCCUUCCCUCCCUCAUUCCCUCUUGCUGCCGUAGCUGCUGGCGCUGCCGCUCCCGGAGGAGCUCCCGCCACGGUGAUGGGGUCUCGGGCCUCCACGUUACUGCGGGACGAAGAGCUCGAGGAGAUCAAGAAGGAGACCGGCUUUUCUCACAGUCAGAUCACACGCCUGUACAGCCGAUUCACCAGCCUGGACAAAGGGGAAAAUGGGACUCUCAGCCGUGAAGAUUUCCAGAGGAUUCCAGAACUUGCCAUCAACCCACUGGGGGACCGGAUCAUCAAUGCCUUCUUUUCAGAGGGAGAGGACCAGGUAAACUUCCGAGGAUUCAUGAGAACUUUGGCUCAUUUCCGACCCAUCGAGGAUAACGAAAAGAGCAAAGAUGUGAAUGGACCUGAACCACUCAACAGCAGAAGCAACAAACUGCACUUUGCUUUCCGGCUGUACGAUCUGGAUAAAGAUGACAAGAUCUCCCGCGAUGAGCUGCUGCAGGUCCUUCGAAUGAUGGUUGGCGUGAACAUCUCAGAUGAGCAGCUGGGCAGCAUUGCGGACAGGACCAUUCAGGAGGCCGACCAGGAUGGGGAUAGUGCCAUAUCCUUCACGGAAUUUGUUAAGGUUUUGGAGAAGGUGGAUGUAGAACAGAAAAUGAGCAUCCGGUUUCUUCACUAAAGGACAGGACCAAAAUAUUCUUGCUUUCUAGUAUUUAAGAACUGGAACUUCCUUCUGUCCUCCAGCCCCACCCCUGUCCUGUCAUCCCCCUUUACCAGAAUACUACUGCUCUUGCAUGACAACCUGAAGUCUUUCCUGUCCACACAGACUUGCCUUUGGUGUGUAAACAGGGCGUUACAGAAUGGUACCCUCAGUCUAUUUCUGUUCGUAUGUACCCACCAGGUCUCUAUUUGUAACAUCUUCCCUUGUUUUGCUGCUGAAUGCCAUGCAUCCAUCCUGUCUGGGGAAAUGAGAUAGGGACUCGUGUCAAGAACAUCCAGAAAAGCUCCCACUGGAUGGAGACCAUAUCCAUGCUACCUUCCCUUCAUCAAGCCUUCAUCAUGUUCCUAUGUCCUUCUUGUGUCUUUUACUUCCUACCUCCCUGUCAACCAACCGUGUAUCCAUUUGAUCCU